AUGUCUUUUGAUAUAACAGUGCUAGGCUCAUCAGGUGGACCUCUCGAAGGUAUAACGUGCUCAUAUAUCCUGAAACCUUCAUACAUUACAUAUAAGGAUAUCAUUCAAGAUGAAUUGAAACAAUAUCUAAUUGCAAUAGAUGCAGGGUCUGGCUUGAAUAGAAUAACAGAAAUCAUAAGCACUGAAAGAACAAAAGAGAAAGAUACGCUCGCUAUGAAAGUGCUAAGCUAUUACAAUGACCCAUUACCAAUUGAUCAAUAUUCUCAUCCAAAUAUUUCAUUCUCUCAUGAAUAUGGUGUUUGCAAACUGAAUAAAGACUCAGCACCAAUUGAACUAUCUUUUAAAAUACUGGACCUCAUCAAUAAUUUUCUAAUAUCACACCCUCAUCUUGAUCAUAUAAAUGGGUUGGUUAUCAACUCUCCUGGAUUCCACUACCACUCUUCAAAAUCUGUAUAUGGAUUGAAAGAAACUACAGAAGCUUUACAAAAUUGUAUUUUCAAUGAUAUUAUAUGGCCAAAUUUAGUCACUGAACAAAAUGGAUCUUUUUUGAAACUGAUUGAAUUGGAGCCAACAAAACCAAUGAACAUUGAUGAUAUUUAUGAAGUUACACCAUUUGAACUAAACCAUGGCAAGAAACAUGACAACAAGACAGAAUAUAAAUCAACUUCAUUCCUUAUAAAAGAUUCCAAAACUGAUCAAUACAUUCUAAUAUUUGGUGACGUGGAAGCUGAUAGAAAUGCACAAAGUUCCAAAAAUAAAAUAAUCUGGGAAAAAAUAUCAGAUUUAAUAAUAAGGCGAAGUUUGAAAACUAUUUUAAUUGAAUGUUCUACACCAAAUUUACCUGCUAAAGAACCAAGAUUUGGUCAUAUGACUCCUGAUUCAUUGAUUGAAGAGCUUUGUACACUAGGAGAGUUGAUCUCUUCCAAAAAGAGCCGAUAUGAUGUCGAACCACCUUUGAAAGAUUUGAACAUUUUAAUCACACAUGUUAAAGAAAGAAGAUCUGGUCAUGAACCGAGAAGAGUUAUUUUGAAUGAAUUGAAUGAGUUGAAUGAGAGAUACAAGUUGGGGUGUCAUUUUAGUGUUAUGUUAACUGGUUUAACGUAUACAGUUUGA